UUACUUACAAACUGACCACACCUCCUUAGAAGAAGUCAGGCUAGGCUAUUCAAUCAACGUUGAAGCACCGGGUGAACGUUUUUACAUUGAUAGAAAACAGCAUAUAAUACCGAAUAUUAAAUGAACCCUCUUUAGAUUUAUAAGUAUGAUAUUACGUUUCACCUGAGCUCGUGACACUCCUUGCGUAGCUCCCCAAGCUUUCCGUGUAAGGUGGAUUUCUCAAUCAGGAAGUAAUAUCAAGUUAAAAUGGGGAGUAAGGAGCGCUACCACUGGCAGACCCAGAAUGUUAAGAUCAGCGGGGUGGACGACAUGGUCCUGCUCUCCAAGAUCAACGAGGAUGCCAUCACUGACAACCUCAAGAAGAGAUACAUGGACGACUACAUCUUUACCUACAUAGGGUCGGUGCUGAUCUCUGUCAACCCCUUUAAACAGCUGCCCUACUUCACUGACAGAGAGGUGGAUCUCUACCAGGGAGCUGCCCAGUAUGAGAACCCCCCUCACAUCUAUGCCCUGGCUGACAACAUGUACCGCAACAUGAUGAUCGACUGUGAGAACCAGUGUGUCAUCAUCAGUGGGGAGAGUGGAGCAGGAAAGACUGUAGCAGCUAAAUACAUAAUGGGUUACAUCUCCAAGGUGUCGGGCGGAGGUCCCAAAGUCCAGCACGUAAAAGACAUCAUCCUCCAAUCCAACCCUCUCCUGGAGGCCUUUGGGAAUGCCAAGACUGUGCGCAACAAUAACUCUAGUCGCUUUGGGAAGUACUUUGAGAUCCAGUUCAGCCGUGGAGGAGAGCCAGACGGAGGGAAGAUCUCCAACUUCCUGUUGGAGAAGUCCAGGGUGGUGUCACAGAACCAGGGAGAGAGGAACUUCCACAUCUACUACCAGCUCCUGGGGGGCGCCACUAAAGAGAUGAGGGAGAACCUUGGUGUCACCACACCUGACUACUACCUCUACCUGAAUCAGUCUGGCACCUACACCGUGGAGGAUGUCAACGAUAAGAAGGAAUUCUCUGACACCAUGGAGGCCAUGUCAGUGGUGGGCCUGUCUGUAGAUGAUCAGGACAUGGUGAUGCAGAUCGUAGCAGGCAUCCUGCAUCUGGGUAACAUCGCCUUCAGAGAGGAGGGAAACUACGCUGUGGUGGAGAGUGAGGACUUCCUGGCGUUCCCGGCCUACCUGUUGGGAAUCUCCCAGGAGGGUCUGAAAAACAAGCUGACCAGCCGGAUCAUGGACAGCAAGUGGGGAGGCAAGACAGAGAGCAUCGCUGUCACUCUGAACACAGAGCAGGCCUCCUUCACACGGGACGCCCUCUCCAAAGCCCUCUACUCACGCCUGUUUGACUUUCUGGUGGAUUCUAUCAACAAAGCCAUACAGAAAGACCACGAGGAAUUCAACAUCGGGGUGCUGGACAUCUAUGGCUUUGAAAUCUUCCAGAAAAACGGCUUUGAGCAGUUCUGCAUCAACUUUGUGAAUGAGAAGCUGCAGCAGAUUUUCAUUGAGCUCACGUUAAAGGCUGAGCAGGAGGAGUAUGUGCAGGAAGGGAUCAAGUGGACGCCGAUCGAGUACUUUAACAACAAAAUCGUGUGUGACCUCAUUGAGUCCAAACUGAACCCCCCAGGCAUCAUGAGUAUCUUGGACGAUGUGUGUGCCACCAUGCAUGCUAAGGGGGAGGGCGCAGACCAGACCCUGAUCCAGAAGCUACAAGCGGGAAUCAGCUCCCAUGAGCACUUCAACAGCUGGAAUAAAGGCUUCAUAGUGCACCACUACGCUGGCAAGGUGUCCUAUGAUGUCAGUGGCUUCUGUGAGAGGAACAGAGAUGUGCUCUUCAACGACAUCAUUGAGCUGAUGCAGAGCAGUGAAUUUGCCUUCAUAAAAACCCUUUUCCCAGAAAACCUAGAGGCAGAGAAAAAGGGCCGUCCUACCACCGCCAACCAACAACCUGGUCCAGACCCUGAUGAAGUGCACCCCCACUACAUCCGCUGUAUCAAGCCCAACGAGACCAAGAAGCCUCGGGACUGGGAGGACACUCGGGCCAAACACCAGGUGGAGUACCUGGGCCUGCGGGAGAACAUUCGUGUGCGUCGCGCCGGGUACGCAUUCCGCCGAGCCUUCGCCAAGUUCCUGCAGAGGUACGCCAUCCUGACCAGGGAGACAUGGCCUCGGUGGACAGGGGAGGAGAGGAAGGGGGUUCUGCACCUCCUCCACUCUGUCAACAUGGACCAGGACCAGUACCAGCUGGGAAAGACUAAGAUCUUCAUCAAGGCCCCAGAAUCAUUGUUCUUGCUGGAGGAGAUGAGGGAAAGGAAAUAUAACGGAUAUGCUCGGGCCAUCCAGAAGGCCUGGCGCAAACACAUCGCGGUCCGCAAGUACGUCAAGAUGAGAGAGGAAGCCUCAGACAUCCUACUGAAUAAGAAGGAGAGGAGGAGGAACAGCCUCAACAGGAACUUUGUGGGCGACUACAUCGGCACUGACAACCACCCAGAGAUCCGGCAGUUCGUGGGCCGCCGGGAGAAGAUCGAUUUUGCAGAUGUGGUUGCCAAAUAUGACCGCAGGUUUAGGACUGUGAAGCGUGACCUCAUCCUGACCCCUAAGUUCCUGUAUCUGAUUGGUCGUGAGAAGGUGAAACAGGGACCAGAUAAGGGACAGAUCCACGAGGUUCUGAAGAGACAGAUAGAAGUGGAGAAGAUUCAGUCAGUCUCUCUCAGUACCCUGCAGGAUGACUUCUUCAUCAUCCACGAGGAGCAUUACGACAGUGUCCUGCAGUGCAUCUUCAAGACGGAGUUCCUCAGUCUGCUCUACAAACGUUAUGAUGAGAAGACCCAGAGGAAGCUACCGCUCAAGUUCAACAACCUACUGGAGUUUAAGGUGAAGAAGGGAGGUUGGGGGCCGUUCUCAGCUGCUGGCUCCAGGCAGAUCCAGUUCCAGCCGGGCCAAGGAGAAGAGGCGGUUGUGAAGCCCAGCAGCAAGGUCCUCAUAGUCACCAUCGGACCCGGGCUCCCAAAGAACUCCAGACCGACCCGCAGGGACAACAGGAAAAGUCGCUACAUGGGAAACCAGACUCCAGGCUCAGGACAGCAGUCACAAGGUGCCCCCAGGGGCAGAGGCCGAGGUGGGGGUGGUGGUCAGCGGGGUGGGCCACCCUCGUCCAGGGCGUCCAGGGUCUCUCUGCUCCGCCGGCAGUCCAGUAUGGAGCAGCCUACACUACCCCGACAACAGAGGUCCCGGCAGACCAACAACCGCUCCAACAACCAGAGCCAGGCAGACACCGCUUUCAUGAACGUGCCUGACCAGGGAGUGGCUGGUGUUCAUCGUAGACGCUCGAAGGAGGUCAAGCCUUCCCCAGGAGCGGGCCGCCCCAAGCCUGCCCCCAAGCCCAAGCCUCGCUCCCCAGAAUGCAGAGCGCUGUAUGCUUACGACGCCCAGGACACUGAUGAGCUGAGCUUCAACGCGGAGGAUGUCAUUGAAAUCCUCACUGAAGAUCCAUCAGGCUGGUGGUACGGUCGUCUUCGCGGGAGGGAAGGCAUGUUUCCUGGGAAUUAUGUAAAGAAGAUUUAGGCUGCAGCGAUGAGGGACAUGUCCAAUGAGAGAAGAUCUAGACUGGAGCGAUGAGGGACAUGUCCAAUGAGAGCAAGGAGUCAGGUGGCAACAGUAGAAUUACAACCAUACCAAGUGCAUUACUACAGAGACAAAACAAAAAAGCAUCAUUAAAGCAUUUCUCCAUUACCAUCUCUCUUUGGAGUCCAAGACAAGGGAAUGUGAUGAUUUUUGCCAAAGAUGGUUUGAAGUGCAAAUACUACUAAUUUUUAUCAAUGGAUUGUAUCUAUUGUUUUAGCAUGGGUUAGCUUUUUUUAAAGACUGAACAAAAAGAUGUUUUAUUUUAUCCUGCAUCUUUUUAUAGCCAUUUACCUCGAGUGUUCAAAUAAAUCUUAGUUUUAUUUGCUCUUUCACAUUUGUUUAAUACAUAGGACCAAAUGUCCAUAAUAAUCUCAGUUCAGGUGGAGUUGGGAUAGAAUGGGUAAUUACAAAACAUUUUUGACAAGAUAUAUAUUGUAAAAUAUAUAUUAGUUGUGUAUUUUAUGUGAUUAUCCAUGUCUUAGGUAGAUAUUUCACUAUUCUAUAUUAGUGAAGAUUUGUAAGGCUGAGUUUACACAGGCAGCCCAAUUCUGAUGUUUUACCCAAUUAUCAGCAAAAGGGCUGGUCUGAUUGGCCAAAAGACCAAUUAAUGGGAAAAUAAUCAGAAUUGGGCUACCUGUGUAAACCCAGCCUUACCGAUCUUCACUGAUAUAGAAUUGUGAAAUAUCUACCUAAGAUGAUGAUGAACCAUAAAAGACAUUAACAGAGCCUACCAUUUCCCAUGUUUUAUAAUAGGCUACAUGGUACAUGUUAUUACCCAGAGAUAAUCUGUUAAAGAAAGAAAAGACAGUUGAUUGUUUGUCGACAGUUGACGUAAGGUCCUAAUGAACAAAAAAUUAAAGAAAUUGUAAACCA